AUGCAGAUCUUCGUGAAGACCCUCACGGGUAAGACCAUUACCCUCGAGGUCGAGCCCUCGGACACCAUCGACACUGUCAAGUCCAAGAUCCAGGACAAGGAGGGCAUCCCCCCGGAUCAGCAGCGCCUGAUCUUUGCGGGCAAGCAGCUCGAGGAUGGCCGUACCCUCUCCGACUACAACAUCCAGAAGGAGAGCACCCUCCACCUUGUGCUCCGCCUGCGUGGUGGUGCCAAGAAGAGGAAAAAGAAGGUCUACACCACUCCCAAGAAGAUCAAGCACAAGCGCAAAAAGGUCAAGCUGGCCGUCCUUAAGUACUACAAGGUCGAUAGCGACGGCAAGAUUGAGCGCCUGCGCCGCGAGUGCCCCAACGAGAGCUGCGGUGCCGGUGUCUUCAUGGCCUCUAUGCAGGACCGUCAGUACUGCGGCCGCUGCCACCUCACCUAUGUCUUCGACAAGAGCUCUUAA